AUGAAUGAUUCAACUUCUAGUGCUCCAAAUAAUAGGGGUACUGCAACCUCGAAUCCAACUGUGAACCAAGAUAAAACUAAUGUUGCAAGUGUUGAAGCUAAUUCGGAAAACAUAGUUAGUGACCCGAGUCCGAUUGUGAAUCAAGAAAGAAUCAAUGUUGCAUGUGUUGAAGUUCAUCCGGAAAGCAUACCUAUUAAUGCCCGUCGUUUUGGAGAUGACGUAUUCGUUAGUACGGGAUUUAAAUAUUGGAAAAAGGCGCUUGCUAUUUUUAGAGAACAUGAAGGAUCAGUAAAUAGCACACAUGAUCAUGCCAGGAUACUCUUUGAAGGGUUUAAAAAUCAAAGACAAAGUGUUGAAUACAAUUUGAGGAAAUAUGAUAAGGAAGAUGAAGUCAACUGCCGCAUUCGCUUGACUGCUUCUUUAGAUGUGAUUCGAUUAUUGUUAAGACAGGGAUUUCCAUUUCGUGGGAAUGAUGAAUCAUUUGAGUCUACAAACCAGGGAAACUUUCUAGAGAUACUUAAAUGGUAUCGUCAGCAUAAAGAUGAGAUAGUUGCAGUUACGUUGGAGAAUGCUACUGGUAAUAAUCAGAGGACUAGUCCUUUGAUUCAAAAGGAAUUAACAAAUUGUUGUGCCGUUGAGACUACGAAAGUUAUUUUGAAAGAUAUUGAAAAUCGCAAGUUCGCUCUAUUGGUUGAUGAAGCGCGAGAUUCGUCGAUAAAAGAGCAAAUGGCUUUGGUUAUUAGAUAUGUGAACAAUAAUGGGGAGAUUGUAGAAAGAUUCUUAGCUUUGGUACAUGUCACUAAUACUACAACAAAGUCUUUGAAGGAAGGGAUUGACUCAGUGUUUGCUAAGCAUAGUUUAUCUUUAUCACGAUUAAGAGGUUAA